UUGUUUCCCGGUCCAUUAAUUCUAGCCUUCAGUCUGUCCUUCCUCCUGAAAAGAUAUUCCCAAUUAUAUUAAAGCAGGUAUAUAUUGUACGUUCCAAAUUAAAAAUACAUUUAUACCUGUCCUUCAAUUCGUCCUUCUCCGAUCCCAUCCCUCAGAAAUGGCGGAGCCGGUGACGACGUUGGCCGUUAUUUCGGCCGUUUCGGGAGUUACGAGUGCUCUAGUGGCAUUAGUACAACUUGCCGAUAUCGUAGAAACGAAGCUACAGAAGAGAAAGGAACGAAAAUCAGAAGCAGAGGUAGCACGAGUACUUGCCGAAGUUAGUUCCAUUACGGGCGGAAGAUCGAUUCCACAGUUUAGAGGGAGUGGGUAUGAAAGCUGGCGCAAGACGAUGAAGGCUUUUCUUAAAUCCUGUGAUCUCUGGGACUUUGUGGAAAAAGGGUACAAAGCUAUGGCUUUUGUAAAGCAUCGGAAGAAGGAGACCUGGGCAAUGGUGAUUAUCGUGCUAGCACUUGACGACUCAGUUGGUCACUGCAUGCUUCUUAAUGCAAACACAUCAAAACAACUUUGGGAUGGAUUACAAAACAAAUAUCAAUAACGUAGUAUAUGUUACACUUAAUUUGUUGCAUUUUUAGACGAAUGGGAUUGGAGUUUAUUAAUAAGUUGGAGGGAAGAUUGUUUGUAUUGUAUUUGGAUAUUGGGUAUGUAUGUACGUGUGUAUGUGAAUUGUUAAUAUCUUUAUUAUUUUAAAUAAAUAACAUUUUUUAU